AUCAUGUCAAGCGAUGAAAUACAGGAGCUUAAGUCUGUCGCUUCGAAUAAAAAUACGUCCCGCUCCACAAAACAAUGGAUGAAUGUUUUCAGAAGCUGGUGUCAGUGCCGCCAUCUUGAAUAUGUCUCCAUCGAAACAAUGGCGCCUGAAAAACUUGACAAGGUCUUGAGUAAGUUUUACGCCGAGGUGAAAAAAAAGGACGGAGAUGACUACGAGCCAGAAUCCCUUAAAAUCAUGCAGAGUGCCAUUGAACGGUAUCUAAAGGAGAAGAACUAUCCAUUGAGCAUCGUGCGAUCGAGAGAGUUUCACUCCUCACAAGAAAUCCUCAAUGCGAAAGCAAUUUCCCUACGUCAACAAGGAAAGGGAAAGAGACCCAACAAAGCUCAGCCAAUCACACCUGAAGAAGAGUCAGCCCUAUGGGAAAAAGGUCAGUUGGGUGAUUUUAAUGGAAAGGUCUUGACCAAUGUCAACUUCAAAAAUUUGAUAGAACAACUGGGAUUUCGUGGUCGCCAAGAACACUACGAUGCAUACGUGGAAGACGUAAUUAUAAGACAGCGAGAAGAUGGAACUGAAGUUGUUGAGUUCAGGGAAGGUCCCACUAAAACGCGGAGCGGUGGUCUCACCAUCAGGCGAAGAACAACACCACAGGCAAUGUUCAGCACCGAUGGCGGAAAAAGCGAUCCAGUGCGGCUAUUCAAGCUUUGGUUGUCCAAGCGACCCGAAGGAAUGAAGAACACAUGGCCACUCUAUCUUAGCAUCAUAAAUCGUCCUAAAUCAGCAGAUGUUUGGUACACCAAAGUUCGAAUGGGACAAAACACAUUCGGCAAUUUAAUGAAAUCCAUGGCCUCCUGUCUCAGGACGAAUAAGAAGCUGACGAACCACAGCAUGAGGAAAACAUUGGUAUCAAAACUGAAGAAGUCUGGUCAACCGCGCAAUGUUAUCUGUGAAAUAACAGGCCAUGCACGUGAAUCUUCGUUAGACGACUACGAUGAAAUAGACGAGAAUCACAGGAAAGAACUGUCUCACAUUAUCAGUGGAUAUAAAGAAGUGUCAAACGAAAAUCAAGCAAACGAAGUCUCCCGCCAAAACACUUCAAAUGAAGCCUCAAAUCAAGAGAUUGCAGUCCAACAUAAAAGAACACCUCUGGUUCCUAUUUAUCACGUCCAACAACAAGGCCAAAUGCAUCAGGCCAUGGGCUCCAAUCCUGGUUUUCAGCCGGCUGAAUUUUCAGGAUUUCCACCACGUUUUCCGUUGCAGUCUCAGUACCGCAUGGAAGCCUUCAGUUGUGCUGCUCCCGUUCCAUCGCAGAAUUACUCAGGCUGCACCUUCAAUUUCUUCUCUAGAGACAGCCAGAAUUCUCCACCCCAACCACAGAAGAAACGAAGAGUUUACAUCAUUGAGUCAGAUGACGAGGACUGAACUUUAACGCUUCACUAUUUUUCUGAGUUAUUGAGGACUUCUCGAAUUUCUUGAAUGAAAGUUGUCUUUCUUUUGAUAAACUUGACUGAGUUUUUGACACAUGACGUCAAAGUCUUUCUGUUUUGCAUUUCCGGUUCCGCUUUUUAUUUAAAAACCGGCUCAGUACUGCAUCAAUAAAAUAUUCGAAUUUACCAAGUCCUGUAUUUGGGUGAUUUCAAAAUGGAUGUAAUAAAGUGGUAAUUGAACCUCGUGUCGUGCAAUUUUGGUCUGAAAUCAUACUUGUGAUUUCAAAUCGAACUCGCGCUGCGCGCUCGUUCGAUUUUGAAAUCACGCGUAUGAUUUCAGCCCAAAUUGCACU